AUGUCAAAAUCGCCCAUCACCUGCCACGUGCUCGACUCGACGCUCGGCAAACCCGCCGCCAACGUGCGCGUGCAGCUCGAAGCGCUCUCACCGCUCAACUCGCAGUUCCACAUCCUGGCCACCGGUGCGACCAACAGCGACGGCCGAUGCCCUGACCUCUUGGCAGGUCAAGCAUCAACAGACGUGCUGGUGGCAAAGGGGGUGUUCAAAAUGACAUUCUUCACGGGAGAGUACUUUGCACAAGCGGGUCGCCCGACGUUCUAUCCCCAGGUAGAGAUCUUGUUCCAGCUCACAGAAACGCCGGAUGCACACUACCACAUCCCACUGCUGCUCUCGCCGUUCUCCUACACCACCUACCGCGGCUCCUAG